AAAACGGGUUGAGAUUCCUAAUCGACGAGUUUUUCUUUAUAGGUUGGCCGUUCCGAAGGGCUGAAAUUUCGUUUCGGAAGGCAUCGUCUUGAGCAGUCUUGACCAGAAAUGCCUUUGCCUCCUCAUUCUGCUCUGGUGUCAAUACGAUGGAUACCGGGUCACCAGCAGGCUUCGUUCUCGCCUUAAGCCUUAGAUUCUUUAUAAAUCGCUUGCAGUAUGCAAUAAUGUGCAGUAAUUGGGAGUAUGAUGACCACCUUUUGAACCAAGGGUUAACUGCAGGCGAUGCGCUGGCAACAGCAACUAGCAAACGCGUUUCCUUUUCGAUACCGGUCGGUAGUAGAGGUUCAGAUGUAGGCCAUUCAUUAGAAGGUAGCGCCAGCCAAGCUGGCCCAGAGAUCCAAAUGCUGCUUUUUAUAAAAUCGGGUGCCGUCAUGCCCCGCGAAACGAGAUCAGCCGGGUUCUGCUGUCCAGGUAUUUGGAGCUGCUUUGAUCCAAUGUAGUGUAAUACUGGAAUCGGACCAGAAAUGUACCGACUGCACAGGAAGCUGAAUGGCUUUGGCAAUGUGCUCGUACAGAUGAGCCCCUAAUACGGCACCGCAGAGUUCUAAACGAGGCAGGCUUAUACGCUUCAAUGGAGCUACUCUAGAUUUCGAUGCAAGCAAAGAUAUUUUAAU